AUGGAUUCUGCACAAGUUUCUCAAACACGCCAAAACUACCAAUUUAGUAGAGAACAAAUGGAAGGCGUAAUGAAAAGGAGAUUUUUUUAUGCCCCUUCAUUUGAAAUAUAUGGUGGAAUUUCUGGACUUUACGACUAUGGUCCUGCCGGGUGUGCCUUCCAAGCAAAUGUUAUUGAUGAAUGGAGAAAGCAUUUUGUCUUGGAAGAAAAUAUGCUUGAAGUAGAUUGUUCUAUGUUAACUCCUCAUACUGUAUUAAAAACAUCAGGACAUGUUGAUAAAUUUUCAGACUGGAUGUGUAAAGAUUUGAAAUCAGGAGAAAUUUUUAGAGCUGAUCACUUGAUUGAGCAAGUAUUACAAAAUCGUUUGACUGAGCACAAAAGAAUUUGUAAUCAGCAUGAACGUGAUAAUCCAAAAUUAUUAGAGGGUCAAAAAACUACAAAGGGAAAAAAUGGAUUAUUAUUCAAAGAGUUAACCGAAGAAGAGAUUGAAGAUUACGAAAAUAUUUUAGCAAGAAUUGACGGGUUUUCUGGAGAAGAUUUGGGUAAUAUAAUGAUUAAAUAUAAUAUUAGAAAUCCUGUAACUUUUGAACCUCUACAACCUCCAACCGCUUUCAACUUAAUGUUUGAAACUGCCAUUGGUCCUUCGGGUCAGUUAAAAGGGUUUUUAAGACCAGAAACUGCUCAAGGCCAAUUCUUAAAUUUCAAUAAAUUGUUAGAUUUCAAUAGUGGGAAAGUACCUUUUGCAUCAGCUUCUAUUGGUAAAUCUUUUAGAAAUGAAAUCUCACCAAGAGCAGGUCUUUUAAGAGUACGAGAGUUUUUAAUGGCAGAAAUUGAGCAUUUCUUAGACCCAUUGGAUAAGACACAUCCUAAAUUUAAAACUGUAGCUGAUCUUAAAGUUCCUUUAUUACAUCGUAGUGCACAAGAAUCAGGUGAAACUACCCCAAUUAUUAUGACUUUAGGUCAGGCUGUCAGAAUGAAAAUGAUUGACAACGAGACUCUUGGUUAUUUCAUGGGUAGAAUUUAUCAAUUUCUAAUUAAGGUGGGAGCUGAUCCAAAAAAAUUAAGAUUUCGUCAACAUUUAGAUACUGAGAUGGCUCACUAUGCUGCAGAUUGUUGGGAUACAGAAUUAAAAACUUCUUAUGGCUGGAUCGAAUGUGUCGGCUGUGCCGAUCGUUCUGCUUACGACUUGACUGUUCAUUCAAAGAAAUCUAAUGAAAAGAUGGUUGUUAAGCAGAUGUUGCCUAGUCCGGUUGAGAUUACUAGAUGGGAAAUUGACAUUAACAGAAAAUUAUUUGGUCCAAGAUUCAGAAAAGAUUCGAAGAUAAUUGAAACAGCUCUAUUAAAGUCAACCCAGAAGGAGUUACAGAAAUAUGCAUCUUCAUUGUUGAAAGAUGGUUCAUUUGCUAUUACAGUUCCUGGUUUUACAGAAGAAUUUUCAAUAGAUUCAGAACUAGUUACCAUUGAAAAAAAGAAAAAAUUAGAGCAUGUAAGAGAAUAUGUUCCAAAUGUAAUUGAACCCUCAUUUGGCAUAGGGCGUAUUAUAUAUUCUAUUUUUGAGCAUAGUUUUUGGGUAAGACCAGAGGAUUCUGCAAGAGGUGUCUUAUCCUUCCCACCACUGGUUGCUCCAACUAAAGUAUUGAUUGUUCCGUUAUCUAAUAAUAAGGAUUUGAUUCCCAUAACUACAAAGGUGUCUGAGGCCUUGAAAUCUAUAAAAAUUCCAUUUAAAAUAGAUGAUUCUGGUGUCUCGAUUGGUAAAAGAUAUGCUCGUAAUGAUGAGCUUGGUACCCCUUUUGGCAUUACAAUUGAUUUUGACUCCUUAAAAGAUGAAUCUGUAACGUUGAGAGAAAGAGAUUCUACAAAACAAAUUCGUGGUUCAAUUUCAGAUAUUAUUCAAUCGAUUAAAGAUAUAUCUUAUAAUAAUAUAUCCUGGGAAGAUAGUACUAAGAGCUUGAAAAUCUUUCAAUCUUGA